UGCCAACGAAUUGAAUUAUCGUAAAUUUCCGUUCGAAUCGAACCGAAAGAGUGUUUGUGUGUGUGUGUGUGCGUACGAUGGCAGAAAACAAAGGAAUGCUGCUGGCCAAAUCCGUCCAGAAACAUGCUGGCCGCGCCAAGGAAAAGCUCCUACAAAAUCUCGGCAAAGUCGACCGAACGGCAGAUGAAAUUUUCGACGAGCAUUUGACAAACUUUAACCGACAGCAUACCUGUGCCACCAGGCUGCAGAAAGAAUUCUCCAACUACAUCAGAUGUGUUCGUGCCGUACAAAAUGCCUCGAAAAGCUUAAUGGAUGCCAUAACUGAAGUAUACGAAAGCCAGUGGACCGGCUCGGAAGUGCUGUACGGUCAGACUAAAACCAUCGACACACAGUACCAGCAGUUUUCGUACAAGCUGGCCGACCAGGUGCUGAAGCAGCUGGACACCUACGCGUUACAGUUUCCGGAAAUGAAGAAAAAAAUUGACAAACGUGGCCGUAAGCUGGUGGAUUACGAUAGCCAACGGCAUUCUUUCCAGAGCCUGCAAGCGAAUGCCGCCAAACGCAAGGAUGAUUUGAAGGUUACAAGAGGCCGGGAACAGCUGGAGGAAGCAAAGAGCACAUACGAGGUGUUGAAUUCGGAGCUGCACGAUGAACUGCCGGCCCUGUACGAUUCGAGAAUACUGUUCCUGGUGACGAACUUGCAGACGUUGUUCGCCUGCGAACAGCAGUUCCACAGCGAAACGUCCAAGGUGUACGCCGAACUGGAAGCGAUCGUCGACAAACUGGCCACCGAAUCACAGCGCGGUUCCUACACCCUGAAGAAGAUCAAUGCUAACUCAAACCCAUCAAGCCCCCAGCAGUCGCCAGUGAAAGCGAAUUUAUCGAUUGUGAAUAAUGUCACUAACGGUUCGGCCAAUGCCAAUGGACAUACGUCCGCACAAAGUGUGCUCCCGUCGCCAAGAACGCCAUCGCCCCAUCAACAGACCCGACAACAGCCGGACGAUCAACCGGAAGAUGACGAACCAUCCUAUCAAAACACGGAGGUGGUAAAGGCAGCUGCGGCCGCAGUCAAACCACCGACCACGAACGGUACGGCUUCCGGCACAACAAAGCCUGAGCCAGAAAUGAACGGAAACGCCUCGGUCACCUCGACACCGAAGGAAAACGGCGAACCGCCAGCAGUUUCGGCGGCGGUGAUGGCGACGGAUGAAAGCACUACACCGGCCACCGGUACAAAUGGUACGCUUCAUUCACAUCCACCGUCACCCACUAACCAGCUUCCCGGUCGCCAAACGCAACCAUCAAUCGCCAAUGGCAUUAGCAAUGAUGCUCCGGCCACCAACUCCAUCAGCAGUAACGCUCGGGGGGCACAAGCAAAUGGGAUGUCUGAUCCACCGAAGCCACCCACCAGCCAUGCAACUGCAGCACCAACAACGGAUGUAACCGCUGCUGCUGAUGCUGUCGCUACUACUGCUGACCCUGCUAAUGCAGAUGUUCCAACGCCCACUACUACCGGCGCAGCUGUUUCACAAACAACUGCCGGAUUGGCGCGCAUGGAUAAGGUAACGCAGACACCGUCUCAGCCGCUACCAACACACCAUCAACCGACGAUGCUGGUAGCACCAAACUCCUCGUCCUCGUCGUUAUUCGCGUCUUCCACAGUGCCACUACACCCCGCUGUUGGUGGCCUCAGCCAACCGCUGCUCUAUACCAGUCUACUACCCUUAACCGCCCAUCAUCAGCAUCCUUUUCCUACCAAUCUAACGCUCAACAAUCUUAACAAUAACGCCAAUAACGGUGGUAACGCUAACACACGAUCGCCCCUACUGAUGAUCGCACAACAACAACAGUAUCAACAACCGCACCUAAUCCGUGCCGGUGGUUUUAACAAUAACGCCAUCACGGUCGGUGCAACGACAACAGCGGACCUGCCGCCCGGUGUUCUGUAUCGCGUGAAAGCUACGUACAAGUACGUCCGGGAAGAUGUGGACGAGCUGAGCUUCGAGGUGGGCGAUGUCAUUAAUGUGGUGGAGUACGAAGAUCCGGAGGAUCAGGAGGAAGGAUGGCUGAUGGGUACGAAGGAAGGCACAAAUGAGAAGGGCAUGUUCCCGGCCAACUUUACCAGACCACUGUAAAA